AUGGCCCUGAGCGAGUUGGCGCCGCUCCGCUGGCUGCGUGAGAGUCGGCACUCGCGGAAGCUCAUCCUCUUCAUCGUAUUCCUGGCGCUGCUGCUGGACAACAUGCUGCUCACCGUCGUGGUCCCCAUCAUCCCAAGUUACUUGUAUAGCAUGAAACACGGGAAAAACGCUACGGACAUCCAGACGGCCAAGCCCGUGCUCACAGCCUCCACCUCAGGCAGCUUCCAGAACAUCUUCUCCUAUUAUGAUAACUCCACCAUGUUCACCGGGAACCACACCGGGGAGCGGCAGGGGCGGCGGCUGCAGCCGAAGGCCCCGACGCAGCACCCGGUGGCAAAUGCGUCCGCUGCCCCCUCCGACUGCCCCAGCGAAGACAAGGAGCUCCUGAAUGAAAACGUGCAAGUGGGCCUGCUGUUUGCCUCGAAAGCCACCGUCCAGCUCCUCACCAACCCGUUCAUAGGGCUGCUGACCAACAGAAUCGGCUACCCGAUCCCGAUGUUCGCGGGGUUCUGCAUCAUGUUCGUCUCCACCAUUAUGUUCGCCUUCUCCAGCAGCUACGCCCUCCUGCUCGUCGCCAGGUCCCUGCAAGGCAUCGGCUCCUCCUGCUCAUCUGUGGCUGUGGGCCCCCCCUUUGGCAGUGUGCUGUACGAGUUCGUGGGGAAGACGGCUCCGUUCCUGGUGCUGGCUGUCCUGGUGCUCGUGGAUGGGGCCAUUCAGCUCUUCGUGCUCCAGCCGUCCCAGCUGCAGCCAGAGAGCCAGAAGGGGACCCCGAUCACCACGCUGCUGAGGGACCCGUACAUCCUCAUUGCGGCAGGGGCCAUCUGCUUUGCAAACAUGGGGAUCGCCAUGCUGGAGCCGGCCCUGCCCAUCUGGAUGAUGGAGACCAUGUGCUCCCGGAAGUGGCAGCUGGGCAUUGCUUUCUUGCCAGCGAGUAUCUCUUAUCUCAUUGGAACCAAUAUUUUUGGGACACUCGCACACAGAAUGGGGAGGUGGCUUUGUGCACUUCUGGGACUGGUGAUUGUCGGAAUCAGCAUUUUAUGUAUUCCUUUCGCAAAAAACAUUUAUGGCCUCAUUGCUCCCAACUUUGGAGUUGGCUUUGCAAUCGGCAUGGUGGACUCGUCCAUGAUGCCCAUCAUGGGCCACCUGGUGGACCUGCGGCAUGUGUCGGUGUACGGAAGCGUGUACGCCAUCGCCGACGUGGCCUUCUGCAUGGGCUACGCCAUCGGUCCUUCUGCGGGUGGAGCGAUCGCGAAGGCAAUCGGAUUCCCCUGGCUCAUGACCAUCAUUGGGAUAGUUGAUAUUCUUUUCGCCCCUCUCUGCUGUUUUCUUCGAAGUCUACCUGCCAAGGAGGAAAAAAUGGCCAUCCUCAUGGAUCACAACUGCCCCAUUAAAACAAAAAUGUACACUCAGAGUAACACCCAGUCAUACCCAAUAGGUGAUGAUGAAGAAUCUGAAAGUGACUGACACCCUCAAAAGUCAUCAAGAGCAUUUAAUUGUACAAGUGUUUCCAGUAAAAUGCCUCACCCAGAACUGUCUUCUUAGUCAUACCAUUCAUCCCUGAUGAAAGAGUAAACAACCAAAGGCUAUUAUUUCUUUUCCAUGGUUCCGAUCGAUUGCCAACAGCCUUAUAAAGAAAAAGCAGCUUUUCUAGGGGUUUGUAUAAAUAGUGUUGAAAACUUUAUUUUAUGUAUUUGGUUUUAUUAAAUAUUAUACAAUAUAUUUUGACGAAAUAUAGUGUAAAUCUAUAAAUAUCUGAAUCCAAAUCAAAUAUAAUUUUUUAACUUACAUUCACAAACACUUGGGCAAAAAAUCUUAUAUUUUUUCUGAAUAUUGGUAAUGAGUGUUUAAAACUAAAGCACACAUUAUCUCGAGACACUUCCGACAAUGAGAAACUAGGAGGAAGUCUGAAAAGCAGAAUUCAAGAAGGAGCAUAUAGUAUAUAGUGAAACUCAAUGUCAUUUAACUUGCAGUUGCUACCGGUGUACGUUAAAGCUGGUUAUCACAAUGCAGAAGACAAGAAUGGAAUCACUAAUCUUUUGGAUUUAUCCGUAUAUUUUAGUUGGUUAUUAGUUUUCUAUGUGAUUACCUACCUGGAAACAGCUGGCUGGCUGUAAAGUAUAUGUUAACACAUCAUGUGGCUGACAGCAAACAUUAGACAAUAAGGAAAAAACA